GCUUGUAGCGCGGUGAGCGGGGGAGGAAGCAGAGCGGUCGGUGUUGAUCCGGAGCAGCGUACCGCACCGGACCGCUUCCAACGGGACGACCUGAGCUUCACCUUGUUUCAGAAAGAUGCAGCACUCAUGAGAGUCCAUCAGCGAUUAGAUGAGUGAGACCCAACAAAGAAAACCGAUCAUCAACGAUCCACAGUAUCAGUGGAAUAUCAGCAGACGCUCAAAAGGGACUACAAAAACGCAAGUUUUCCACUAUGAACCGAGCCUUCAACAGGAAAAAAGAUAAAUCAUGGAUGCACACCCCAGAAGCACUGGCCAAGCAUUACAUAGCCUACAACGCCAAGUUCCUUGGAAACACAGAGGUUGAGGCCCCAAAAGGCACAGAAGUUGUAAAGGAUGCUGUCAGAAAGCUAAAGUUUCAAAGGCAUAUUAAGAAGUCGGAGGGGCAGAAGAUCCCUAAAGUGGAAUUGCAAAUCUCAAUAUAUGGAGUGAAGAUCCUAGAUCCCAAGACAAAAGAUGUGCAGUAUAACUGUCAGUUACACAGGAUAUCCUUCUGUGCAGAUGACAAAACUGAUAAAAGGAUAUUCACAUUCAUCUGCAAAGACUCAGAGUCAAACAAACAUCUCUGCUAUGUGUUUGACAGUGAGAAAUGUGCAGAGGAGAUAACCCUAACUAUCGGCCAGGCCUUUGACCUGGCGUACAAGAAGUUCCUGGAGUCUGGUGGCAAAGAUGUGGAAACACGGAAACAGAUAGGAAGCUUGCAGAAAAGAAUUCAAGAGCUAGAAACUGAAAACACAGAGCUCAAGAAGCAGCUUCAAGAUCUCGAAGAACAGCUGAUGAUAGCUCAUGUGCCACCACUGCUGCACAUAAACUCUACUAAUGAAGCGUACAUGCUGCAGAGGCCCUCCUCUCUCUUCUGGUGUCACAGCCUCAAGUCCCUUUCCUGUCUGGAAAUCUCCUCUGUCACACUCACCCCUAUGAGCUCACCAGAGUCCAACUUCUCCGCCGGGCUACUAACCCCUCCGCCCGCCAAACCUGCUCUCCUCCCUGCUAAGCCUACCGAGGGAUGCAGCAUCCCGAGGCCUCGUGCAGGUAGUAUCUCCAUGAAACCCCAGUCUACAGACAUCUUUGAUAUGGUUCCCUUUUCCCCUGUGACACCGUUGGUGCCCAUCCCGGCCAGUAACGGUUGCCCACCUCCACCACCAACAACAUUGCCACCGGAUAUAAGGAAAGACCUGUUUGGUGCCGAACCAUUUGAUCCCUUUACCUGUGGAGCAGCCGAUUUCCCGCCGGAUAUUCAGUCAAAGCUAGAUGAGAUGCAGGAGGGGUUCAAAAUGGGACUGACCCUAGAGGGCACCGUCUUUUCUCUUGACCCCGUAGACAGCCGCUGCUGAUGCCAAGAGGACACUGUUUGUGCUAUACUUUUAACUCAUUUGUAUGAAGAAGUGCCCAAAUCCAGUCCACAGUUUAGUCAAGAUGUCUCUGUUUUCAUCUUGAGGUUUAUAUGUAUUUGCAUUUAGCUUGAUUUUCAAUAAUCCGAGGUGACUUCAGAUCUGAUAUAGAAAAGAACUAUUUUUGUAAAAACUCAUUACGAAGGAGUAGUUUUGAGAACCUUUGCUUGCACAGGCAAUGAAGGAUGUAAAUAGUACAAUAUGUCCCAUGGUACACUCUGUAGCAGAAAUUUUCAUACGGUACAACUUCUGUGUCGACUCUCAUGAAAUAUGCGCCAUUUUAGUUCUGUAUUGUUGACACAUUCCUCUUUGUAUGCCAGAAAUGAUGUUUCACAAGUAAAUGUAAUCUGUCUCAUUAACACUUGUAAUGCCAAAUGUUCAGAUUGCACAUUAUUUCGCUUAGCUUCUUUUACUUAAUAUUCUUUUUACACAUCAUGUAGCUAAUUGUAAUUAAUCCAUUCUGAUCAUUUUGAUUUAUCGAUUUAUUCACCUAUUUUUUUUAGGCAUCCAGUUGUUGGAUUGUUUCGCAUUUUAACAAGUUGAGAUUUCCAUUUCAGUAUUUCCAUGUAUUGCCAUAUAUUUACUUUAUUAAGUUAGUGUCCUGUUUUCUUGCACCAGAAAGCACUUUUGUUUUUUAAAACCUCUUUCCAUAUUCAGUGCUAUUCUCAUUACUUUGUAUGCAUUUGCUGUUACAGUUAUUAAAGAAAAUGUUACCGCAGAA